ACCUACGUUCUAAACCAUUUUCACAAGAAGCUUAAUACGUAGUUGCGAUUAAUUUUAGAAGCUUUAAUAUAUUUAUACUACGUACUAGUUAACAAACUGCUGGGUUACUCACGAUACAUAUUACAUCCUCGUAGAUUCUGCGUUCGGAAAACUCGUCGAAGGACUCGUUAUAUCUUGGGGGAAGAUUUCGGACCACCGGAAAUACUUUCUUUAGGACAGUGUCUCGAGCUGUUUUAUUUUCUAAUAUUGUUUUGCAGGUUACAACGACGAAUAUCUCCAACAAUCUAAAGAAAGUAUGUCGUUGGAAACGGCUGCCCCAAAUUGCCGGAGAGAAAAGUAGAAGUCAUUAGCAUGCCGGAGUGCCUCGUAUCCGUCGGCUGAGAUAAGGAUGGACGAAAAGUCGCCGCAUACUUGCUUCCUGACCAUCCUGGUACGUGGUUGCCGUCUGUGUUUGCCGUCGGUUUUUACGGCCAGUGAAUUGAAUCAGUGAUUCGUAUCAACAAAUGAGCUUCUAUGGAUUACUGAAUGUGCUGCUAGCCUGGCACCAUCUAUGUCAACAUGUCUGCCGCGAAAUCUGAGGAUUCUCCUCUUAAAAACUCAAGAAACGGCUGAGAUGAACUCAUGAAAGAGGAAUGGCGUGCGUGUGUUUUGAGACAAGGAAGGUAGAGAAGUUACGUCCGCAUAAACGUGCAACCCAUUCAAGCUUUAACCCAUCUGCCACUUAUCAUGGAUCAUCACAGCACUUCUUCUUCUUCCUCAAUGCCAAUUCCCCACUUUUUCACUUUCCCAACCUUCAUCACAACCACAAAGAAAAAGACUUCCCAGGCACUCUUCCUUUCUUUAUUCUUCUUCACUUCCAUCAUAGUCUACCAUCUUCUCACACCUCAAUCUCAUCUUCUGGAUCAAAUUGGCUUCUUGUCCAAGAUCAUACCAGCACCCCCAAAAACCCGAGACAUGUUCCCAAUAUCUUCAACUUGUGACUAUUCUUAUGGAGAAUGGGUUUGGGAUGAAAACUAUUCCCGGGAUAGGUACACCGAGAACUGUUCAUUCUUGGAUCCCGGGUUCCGCUGCCAUGCCAACGGCCGCCUCGAUUUAGGCUAUCAGAGUUGGAGGUGGAAACCAUAUGGUUGUGAUCUUCCAAGGUUUAAGGCAAGUGAUCUUUUAGAACGGAGCCGGAACAGUCGAAUAGUUUUUGCUGGUGAUUCCAUAGCUAGAAACCAAUGGGAAUCUUUCUUGUGCAUGUUAGCACGAGGUGUUAAUAAUAAAUCCAGCAUUUACGAGGAAUCAGGGAACCCCAUAAGCAAACACCGAGGCUAUCUCUCGAUGCGGUUUCAAGAAUUCAACCUCACCGUCGAGUACUAUCGGGACCCAUUCCUUGUAACCCUUGACCGACCACCGGUCAAUGCACCAAAGGAAGUGAAGGGUGUGGUUCGACUUGACAAGCUUCACUGGUUUGCAGCAAAGUGGGUUGGUGCAGAUGUCAUCAUAUUUAGUGCAGGUCAUUGGUGGAACGAUGAUAAAACCACUAAGAUGGGAAUAUAUUUCCAGGAAGGGGAGGCUGUGAACAUGACCAUGCAUGUCACAGAGGCAUUCCGCCGAUCCUUGAAAACGUUGGCUACCUGGGUAACACAGAAUCUGAAGCCCAAGACUCAUGUCGUCUUUCGCAGCUAUUCCCCAGUGCAUUACAGGAAUGGAACGUGGAAAUUAGGAGGU